AGUGACAAGUAAAAGUGUCUAUUUUUAGAAUACUUGACUAGUAAAAGUGAACGGAGGGAGUAGAUGAUUACACUUCAAAAUGAUUAAUGAUUUCAGCAACUAUGCUUGUUGAACCUUCUGAAUUAACAAUUGAUAAAUCCUACUUCGUCUGGUACCUUGAAUGUUAAUUAUUUUUUCAUGUCGUGAUACGUGAAAGCUAGAAACAAAUGAGGUUUAUUGUGCAGCAGAUGAAUUGGCCAGAUAACAGUGAUGGAGCUUGGGCUAGACGUCGUCCUGUUCAGAAUUUUAUUAGAGAAAGGUAUAUUUGCUAAUUAUAAACCCCUCCUUUUCUUGAGAAUACAUGUACGAAUAUGAGAAUAUAUUGGUGCUUUUAAUUUGUUAUCAAAGAGCAAAGUGUUGGAUUAUUUUCAUUCCCAAAUUUUCAAUGUUUGAGGUCAGGGAGUUCCAUUUGAUAUGAAAGCUACAAAGUAAUCAACCAAAGCGACUAAAUGCAAGUAAAGAUGCUUCCAAGGGAUAAUCUAUUGAUAAAUUUUACAACUUGAGAGAUAACUUACCAUCCUCUUAUAUUAGGAAGAAUAAACUUCUAUAUAAUUUUAAGGGCAAACAUAUGUGGUUAAAUUGAUAUGAAGGAUAUAAAACAUCUGUUGUCCUUUGUCCAUACAUCAAUAUCAGUUCAGCUUUGACUUCCGUUGUCUAUUUAAUUUUUAGCUGCAAAUACAGUAAUAUCAGUUGUCUUUUUUCUUUUGGUUGUUUUCUUUUUUUGAUAAUAUAUAGUGAAGAGAGAUGGAAUGAAUUGAAUUCCUGUUUUAUGUUUCAUCUCCCGUAGUUGUAGUGAUGUAGUAGCUUACAAAAUUGGAAAAGGCAUUACUUGGUGCAAACUGUUUGCAUAUAUGAUCCUCGUCAAUAUGGUAUGUGGUAGUGAAAAGGUUGUACACUAUGGAUGAUGGUCUUGUUUUUGAAAAGGAUCCAAAUAUACCAUCAGAACAAAAUUUGCCUACUUGAGUAUGUUGUUGUCCAUUGUUCAACUGGAAAAUUUUAAGGUGGAGUCUGGACAAUUAUUAGGAUAAAGUUUAUAUAUUUGUGCCAGGCUCCUCUAACAUACCUCUGCUUUAUGCUUUAUUACUUUGGCAGUGUGGUCCCUUCCUAAUGGGUGAUUGGUAUGAUUCAGCUUGAAUAACCUGAGAAUGAGGAUUUUUUUGCGAUAAGCAAAAAUACCUGUGUGGUCCCUUCCUAAUGGGUGAUUGGCUAAAGUGACUGUUGUCCAAUUUGUCAUUGGUAAGCAUUUUUACGUUGCAGCAGGAAGAGCACUUCGAAAUGGUUCCACAAACAUGGAUGUCUUAGUUGUAGUGGGAACUACAGCUUGCUAUGUUUACUCUGUAUAUGCACUACUUUAUGGUGCAAUUUCUGGAUUCUGGUCUCCAACUUACUUUGAAACAAGUGCCAUGUUAAUAACAUUUGUACUUCUGGGAGAGUACUUGGAAACUCUUGCAAAAGGAAAGACAUCAGAUGCUAUCAAAAAGCUCGUAGAACUGACUCCAGUGCCUACCAGGUUUUUUCGGUCAGAGAUGCGAUAUACUACUGGCAAAUGUGGAAGAGUCAUAAGUCAAAGAGAAAUAGAUGCUUUGUUGAUUCAACCUGGCGAUGUACUAAAAGUGCUUCCUGGUGCAAGAGUUCCUGUUGAUGGCGUGGUUGUAUGGGGUUCAAAUCAUGUUAACAAGAGUAUGGUAACUGGAGAAUCUGUUCUUGUUCUGAAAGAGGUCAAUUCAGUAGUCAUUGGUAGUACAAUCAAUUUACAUGGUUCGCUUCACAUACAGGCUACAAAAGUAGACUCUAACACAGUCUUGAGUCAAAUUAUAUUGGUGGUUGAGACAUCACAGACGUCAAAAGCUCCGAUUCAGAAGUUUGCUGACUAUGUGAGUAUUAUUUGGCAUGUCUUUUGUCAAAAUAGUGUCAUGACACUUGCAAAUUAACUGUUUCAGUGGUGUUGAACUUUAUUAUAUCUGCUUGCUCUAGGACAAAUUACCGACGGCCUUGGAAAAGCAUUUAUGAAUAGAAUUCACGAAUUCUAAGAAUGCCCAGAUAGGAACUAUAAACCGCCUUUCUUUCCGUUACAUAUGCUCCAUUGUAUGCUGUCAGAUGUUCUCCCACCAUUUCUAUCUAAAUGUUGUUGGAGACUCUUAUGAUUUAUCCUCAUGGAUCUGGAAAGUGGUGCUCUGCGAAGCAUGUUUCAAUGUCUCAGUUUAUUCUUUUGACCACAUCAAAUAUUAGAAUGCCGAAAUGAGUUUUCAACAGUUUUGAGUAGCUGAAAAUCAUAUCAGUUUAGGUUCGACUAAUGAAUUCUUUAUUUUCAGUUUACUUAUUGUUUCUUGACCACUAACAUAUGCUAUUGAAGUUGUAUAAACUCCAACCCUGUAACAAAUUCA